AAUUAGGAAAAGUUAAAAGUGGACAUCACAUCCUAAUAAGAGAGAAAUAAAUUUUUAAGAUUUAUUAACAAAUUGUUAAUAUAAGAAAGCAAAUAAUUACAAUAUAAGAAAUAAUUACGAAACUUAAAAAGUGAAAGUGGUAAAACAUUAGAGAAAAAAAACAUUAAAAGUCUUACAAAUGGCCAAAAAAUAGCAACGAAGUGAAAUUUGGAACAUUAAUAAGAUUAUAAAAAAUUGAAACAAAAUGAAUAACGCAAAUCAACCAGCCCUUAACCCAGCGCAAAACAAUAUACAAUUACGUACGCUAGACAUCAAUCCCCUUACAUAUAUUGAAAAAUUAAGGGAAUUUGAUGGGAAGAAGGAAGACCUCACAACAUUCAUAACAAAUGUAGAUGACAUAAUUCCUACAUUUAUGUUAUACAACGAACAAGCUCAAAGAAUGUGUAUGAACAUCGUAAAAUCAAAACUAACUGGAAAAGCCAGAAGAGCAAUGGAGGUUCAUCCCCAUUUGACCCUUUGGACUGACAUAAAAGCGAUGCUAAAUACCAACUUUGGUGGCUUUGCCACUGUGGACCAAUUAUAUCAGGAACUUAGAGCUACGCAGUAUAAAGGAGAUACUACGGAUUUCUACAACCACAUCCAACACAAACUAGCAAUUCUUAACCAAAAAUGUGGUCAAGAGAAUCGAUUGGAUGAAGUGGAUAGGAAUAUCCAAACUGGUCUGAAGACUUUUAUAACACGUCUUCCAAUCCAUAUGAGGACUGUAUUAUGCGCAUUAAAACCAGAAAGUAUGGAGGAAGCUUGGCAUGAAUUGAGCUCUGCGGGAUUCCUGAACAACGAAAAGAAGCAGGACAAACCACAAUCAAGUUCCCAACAGCAACAACAGAAUUGGCAACUAAAAAUAAUGCAGCCACAUUACCACCAACAACAACAUUGGCAACCAAAAAUAAUGCAGCCACAUUACCAACAACAGCAACAUUGGCAACCAAGGAUAAUGCAGCCACAUUAUCAACAACAACAUUGGCAGUCGAGAAUUGUACAACCAAAUAUGGAAAACUUGGGAAAAGUUUUGGAAACAUUAGAAGUUGCAAAUCUAAAA